GGCUCAACUUUCAUCGCCUCACGUUGGCACAACAAAAUGCUUCUUCUAGCUGCGCAGGUGAACUAGUAGUACAGCAAGGCUCGGCUGUACGUAGUUUUGAAGUAGAUUCUGAAACAAAUAUAUAAAACUGUGAAUUGUCAAACUAUCAACAGCAAAAUGCUCUAUUUCCGCCGAUCAGGAGCAACGACCAUCUUCGCGGCCCUCGCCGCAACCUCAACGACCCUGGUCGUCCAGGCCCGGCGGAAGCCCGGACUCGGCGCGUCGCACCAGAAGAAGUUGCAGACCUUCGUUACCAUCGACGGUAACGCGGAUCAAGAAUACCACGAUGAUGACGCGCACCUCUACCUUGCAGACGAACACGCGGACGAACAUCACGAGGAGCAUGAUGACCACACGUCUUAUUCUGAGUAAAAACGUCCCCACGACCACAGACAUAGUCCAGAUGGGAACUUGGCAACACAAAUCAAAACAAGGUUUGGCUGUUGCGCAUGACAAGUUUGGGCUCGCAGUGUAAUCCUUUACAGCUGGUGCAGCCCGAAGAGAAAUCGACACUGUCUUCCUCAUUCUCGCAUGACAAACUCGUCCCCGUCGAUGAAAUUAGAAAAUGCCUGUCAUGUGGCUGCGCAUGAGAAACUUUUUAGGCAUGCAGAUUUGCAUGACAACUCUGGGGCAAAGACGUUUUUGCACAGGAUACGUCUUUCAUCGAAGUGAAGCGGCCGAAGAAGUUUAAGCAGAAACUGGAUUCCGAGCUUAUGACCCGCACAGACGUGGUUACAAUCUCAGCUGUUACAAUAGAAUCUGGAAAUCUGUGAUGCAAGAACUGCAUGAUCUAGCCUACUCCCAUAGGAUUGCGCAUGACAAGUUUCGGAGUCCCAAAUCCGCCUGAAAUCCGGCAAAAUUUGUAUUACGAAAAGCUCAAUUCGCUCUGCGUUCCUCAUGCUCUUCAUGCAAUACAAAUUCCAGAACCAGAUUCUAUUGUAACGUUUGAGAUUGUAACUUUUGAGCAGGCCAUAGAGCUGAACGACGAGGCGUCCGCCUUCCUCGACGUGAACAAUCUGAAGGAUGACGAGGGGACAAAAACUACGGGGAAGGGUGGCGCGGAGAUCACCGGCAUGGAACUGGAUAUCCAAGAAAAAAACUGUGUAAGUGUAAAUUUGUGUUGCAGAACAUGCAACAGAGCUACACCUGUCAUGCCAGACAGCCAUAAAGUCCUCUUUUCAUUUGUGUUUUCCCUUACAAGCCACGCAUGACAGGUUUUCUCUGCCAUGUAGAGCAAAUUUGUGAUGCUGUUCCUCAAAGAAAGUUACACUUACACACUUUUUUUCUUGGAUACUGGAGAGAAAGAAGAAGAAGGAAACCGUCAAAACGGAGAAUGUCCAGAUCACAUCGCAGAAAAACUAUCCACUGCAAAUAUGUCUGGAUUUGUGAUGCGAGAUGCGAAGGACAGCGAGAUCUGUAAUGCUUGAAUACGAUUAUGGUCUUUUUUUCGUCGUUCUCGACGGGAAUGAAUCGAUCCGCAAGAAGUUGGGGAAACACAACUUCUCAUGCUGUGAUGCAAGUAUCACCAACACAAGUUGUUUCCAGACACCCAGAUGACAUAGUUGCAUUUGAUAAAAACGUAAAAACGUCGACUGCCGCGCCCGUCACGAAAGCUGCUACGACCACCAAGAAAACUACGACCACGACUACCACAACGGACAUCAACAAUGGACUGGUAAGAUGAUAGAGUUUUUUUGUCAUGCGCAGAACGCAUUGGACAUGCAUUUCUGUCAUGCAUGAAUUGCAACGACAAUUAAUGCGCGCUUCAAUCAAAAUUCAGGUCAACCCGCGGUUGCGCGAGAAGUACCACCCGGACCACAUGACCGGGCACAAAGCCUCUUACGGGGUCUUCGCCAUCAUCGGGGGCGUCAUCCUCGGUUUCGGGCUUUUUGUCACGGUUUUCUGCAUAUGCAUUGCAAAAAUGUCUGGGUCUGGAAGGAUGGAAGUUGUGACGCGUGCGGUGGAUCACACAAAAAUCGCUCUUGCGUGAUAGCCAAAAGUUGCCCUUUUCUGACCACCAUGAGAGGGAGUUUCUCAUGCAGGGCAGGCAUGGUAGAGACCUCGCAGAAUCUGUCAUGCUAGGUCCUGCAUUCCAGACGAGACCUCUUGGGCAUAGAAACCCAGCAUGGUAACUUUGUAUUCUUCCAGACCCAGACAUUUUUGCAAUGCAUACUGCAUCUACUACGGACCCAAGUCGAAAUCGAAGGAGAGCGACAUUUCACGGACGCUGAACAAGGACUACGACAAGGCCGCGGGAAAGUCACCCGAGUCGAAGCGCGGCAAGAAGGGGGAGUCAAGUGUGGGUGGAGAGGGGACUUCGUACGGGAGCUAUGAGAGUGCACAAGUAACCCCCCUCACCGCUCCCCUCAGUUGUAUUGUGCAGAACACCAAAUACGUGUUUAGCUGACGAAUUCUGGCGACCCCCCGGGCGCCGUCAUUAGGCUGCUUGGGGGGGUUUGGGGGGGCAAGAUUCAGCGUAGCCGGCUAGGGUUCGGCUAGGGUUCGGCCAGGGUUCGGCCAGGGUUUUCGCCCAGGGUUUUCGCCCAGGGUUUUCGCCCAGGGUUUUCGCCCAGGGUGCGCCCAGGGUUCGCCCAGGGUUCGCCCGGGGUUCGCCCGGGGUUCGCCCAGGGUUCGCCCAGGGUUCGCCCAGGGUUCGCCCAGGGUUCGCCCAGGGUUCGCCCAGGGUUCGCCCAGGGUAUUCUGUGUGUUGUUUUAUGUUCGUUCCUGUAAAAUAAAUGUUGGGGACAGAGGGGGGCGGUGCACUCUCAUAGGAGCUCGGAGUACUACAGCAGUUCGCAGUACACCAGUGGAUCCUCAUAUGCAAGAAAAAACCACUCCCGCGUGUGAGUCUGUACCUGUAGUGAGUAAGUGUGUAGACGUAUGCUGGCCAGGAGCCACGAAGCCCUCUUUUCAUAAGGUGGCGUCUUAAGUGCUAGCAGUGCAUGACAGCCUUGCUCUGUCAUGCGAACAAGAUUUGAUGUCCUGCUUUGCUGUCACUACUUCAAGAAAGCUGAAGCUACUUCUCACAGCACUAAAGCAGCUUUUUUCCUGGAUGCCUCUCGCGUGAUGUCCGGCGGCAGUUCCAUGCAAUCCGGCGGCAGUUUAUCCCAUGAAGAAGUGUGUCUGUGUGAACGGAGUUUAUCAUGCAAUAACAUGCAAAAAGGCUGGCAGCGGCAGCGCUGAAAUUUGUAUUGCGUAGCAUGCUUUAGCUUUCACUUUCUAGGGAAAAUCUGGAACAAUGCCUGGGUGCAAGCCGUGAAAUAAAUCGUUUACGCAUAAAACAUUUUUGUGGUUCUUGAUAAACUUCCUUCCCGCCGAGCAGCGCAACUGCUGCUUCUUCUGCAAGCCGUGCCACCAAGUAUCAACUGCAAACAUGUCUGGGUCUGGAAGAUUGCAAGAUUUGUCAUGCUAGUCUGGCAUGACUCUGCACUCUGUAUUGCGUGGCCAUGAACAGCCUCUCGAGCCUGUCAUGCAAGAACAACGUAGUUUCUCAUGCGGAAUGCGCAGCACAGAAGCACGAAAAAAACUUAUUAUGCCUAGCUGCGCGUUACAGUUCCCUUAUUGUUAUUGUUCACUGACUUGCAUCACAAGUUUCCAGACCCGGACAUAUUUGCAUUUGAUACCAAGAAGUCCAACGCAAUGACGAAGCCGAAGUCGGUUACUUCCUCCGGAGCGAAGCUAUGCAUGGCAAGAGUUUGAUCGCACUUGUGUGAAUUGCAUCACAGAUUUUUGAUUUUCCAGAAUCAACAAAAAAUUGGAGUUUGUGAUGCUGCUCUAGAAAUAAAAUAAAAGAUAGAUCUGUCAUGCGAUUUGCCACGCGGGGUUGUGCGAUACUUUUCCAUAGCAUAACAAUCGGGCUACUCGAUGACGUCCUCCAAGUACGAGGAAGACGGCUACGGGGAAGAGGAAGAGGACGACUACGAAGACGAAACUGCGUAUGGGAGUGUCAGGAUCGAAAUCGUCAAAGGUGAAAUUGUUUGCCAUGCAUAAAAUGCAACGCAGAAAUUGCCUCUAUUGCAGAGGACGCAAGGGAGGCAGAUUGUAGUGCUGGUAGGGGUCGAGAAAUGGGCUGCUGAUUAGCAACACAGAGGGGAGUCCCUUUGCCCUGAACAGCAUGACAAACUGGCUUCCUGUACGGACAAAAUUUGUCAUGCACCGACUAGAAGCUGUGGAUCCAAUUGGUAUCGAUUUUAUGCAUUGCAAGUUACUUUAACUCCGUCGAUUUCAAUCCUGGUACUCCGAUACCGCGUUCCAUUCCGGGGGUGGGAAAAAAUCUAGAAUGUAAGACUCGUGACGUGGAUUCAAAUUUGGACGAUGUUUCUCGCUAGGGUACUAAGCAAAGAGUGCUUGAGUUCCUUUGCCGCGAUGUAUCAUCAUCCUGUCACUAUCUAUGAGUGUGAACAAUUCGGAACUUCUUCCAUAGUUUCAAGAGCGCGAUUGUCAAGUCUACUAGCGUGUUGUUUGACAGUUUCAGAAGUAAAAAAACCCUGUUGACACUAUACUGCUGCAAAAAUUGAUUGUGAAAAAAAAUGUACCGACCCUUUAUCUGAGUUUUAAUUGUCUUGACACUUUGACUAAGUACCAGUGCCUCGAUUGCAGCUAAGAUUUCAGUAUCACAACUACGACUACCCAGUAUUGACUCAUUAUUGUUUACGAUCUUUACGACCUCUGCUGGGCCGCCAGAUUUUAUACCCGAAGAAACGUUAGCUUUCCUGUGCACCUCCACCUUUGAAAUUGAAACGAUAGCAAAAAGCUUGAGAAAUUAUUGUAAAAUUUGAGAACAAAAAUGCGAAGAUGAAUCUUCAAACCUUUGUACAAUACUUGAAACACUACGAGAAAUG